GGCAGGCCGGCGGAGCUGGUAACAUGGCGGCGGCGGCCGGAUGCGUGUGCCCUGCCCCGCCCCGCCGGCGCCGCUGAGGAGGAGGCGGUGGCAGCAGCGCCCGCGGCCCGCCCCGCCGCGCCACUGCCCUCCCCCGCCGCGGGCCGCCCGGCCAUGUAGACGGGGCGGCGCGGCCGCCCUUCCCCGCGCAGCCUCCGCUCUGCCGGCGGGCGCCAUGGAGGACGUCGGCUCGGGCGUGAAUGCGGACGCGGAGGUGCGGAAGCUGCAGGAGCUGGUGAAGAAGCUGGAGAAGCAGAACGAGCAGCUCCGCAGCCGACACGGCGCCCUACCGGCCGGCCCCGCCAGCCCCAAGCGGCUCCUGAGCGGCGGGCCCUCCCCGUCGCCCCCCCCCCCCGCCGCCUCCCUGCCCGACGGCCGCUGCCUUAGCCCCAGGGCCGCCGCCCGGCGGCCGCCCCUCGAGGAGCCCGGCAGCGGCGCGGCCGGCGAGGACGGCAACGGCCUCCUGGACGACGCGGCGCUGCUCAGGCCAGAGGAACUGGAGAGGUUGGCCGACUACGAGGAGGACGAGACCGGCUGGUUAUAUACGUCCCCAAAGAAGAAACUGACUCCAGUGCAAAAAUGUGUCAGUCCCUUAGUUUGGUGCAGGCAGGUAUUGGAUUACCCAAGUCCUGACAUUGAAUGUGCUAAAAGGUCACUGAUCCACAGGCUGGAACAGACAAUGUCGGCUCUCAAGAGACAGACUUUGUACAGCAGCCCUUUCAGUGCGGUGAGUUAUGCGAGCUCCUAUAGUCCAAAUACCAGUAGCCCCUACAGCAGUGGUUUCAACUCUCCCUCUUCAACACCAGUGAAAUCUGCUUUAGUGAAACAGCUCAUACCUCCUGGUACCUCAGGUCAUCUUAAAAGUUCAGCAGAUAGAAAUCCUCCACUAAGUCCACAGUCCUCUCUGGACAGUGAAUUAAGUGCAUCAGAGAUGGAUGAAGACUCUAUUGGGUCUAAUUACAAGCUAAAUGAUGUUACAGAUGUGCAAAUUCUGGCACGAAUGCAAGAAGAAAGCCUCCGGCAAGAGUAUGCAGCAAGUGCUUCUCGGCGUAGUUCUGGCUCUUCUUGCAAUUCUACAAGGCGAGGCACGUUCAGCGAUCAGGAGCUCGAUGCACAGAGUUUAGAAGAUGAAGAAGAUGGCACACACCACGCAGUGCACCCUGCUGUUAAUAGGUUCUCACCGUCACCUCGCAGUUCUCCCUGGCCUUCACCAAAACAAUCUCCAAGGAAUUCACCUCGCUCCCGGUCACCUGCUCGAAGCAUAGAAUACAGUAGAGUUUCACCCCAACCUAUGCUUAGCCGCUUACAGCAACCUCGUCUUUCACUUCAAGGCCACCCUACAGAUUUGCAGACUAGUAAUGUAAAAAAUGAAGAAAAACUAAGGCGUAGUCUUCCAAACCUGUCCAGGACAUCUAGUAUCCAAGCUGAGUCUGUGAAAAACAGCAGAAGUGACUCAAACUUCCAAGUGCCAAAUGGAGGAAUACCUCGCAUUCAACCUCAAGCCUCAGCCAAGAUGAUUGCUCCUUAGAAAAUGCUUGGAUGAACCUGUGUUCCAUGAAGCAAAUCAGCCCAUUGCUGGGCUAGUGGCUGCUAGCUUGUCCAAAAGGGAACUGUUGACAGGAGAAUGCUUCUGAUCUCACAAGUCUCUUGAAAAUGGUGACCUUAAAGAAGCCAAAGCAAAUGAAAUGUAUUCAGUGCUUCUUUAUAUGUCAAUAUUGCCAGUUCCUGUUGUUUAAAUGUUUCCUGACUUUUAUUUUAAAACAAGUUUCAGAAUUUAAUAACCUUAUGUGACAUUUUCAAAGGAAGAACACAUUAUGACUAUUCUUAUGUGUAGAGCUUUGAACUAUAAAAGUUCUAUGAUAAAAGUUCAUCAGUAAUAUAAAUAUUUGACUGGAAAUGUAAGAUAAUAAUUGUGAAUGAAACAAAAUAAUUUUUUUUACCCAUUCAGUGGUAAGGGCAUACUGGCAUACCUAGUUGGCCUUGUUAACUGGUCCUUUCAUAACAGCAUGUUAAUGCAACCACAUACAGUUAAAUACAGAAUAAGGAACACAGACCAUGCCAAAGACUACAAGAUUUCUAUCUUUGUAGUGGCUUAGAUGCGGUUUCAGUCCCAGGUGUGUGAUACUGUAGCCAAAGAAGUUAGUGCGACCUAGUGAUUGUUCAUACAGGUUAUCCCAGCAUCCUUUCACCUUGCCCUCUUGUGCCGCUGUUCACAAAAACUCAGAACGUGGGAUUUACAACAGAAGGGGCAUGUGUGUAGUUCAAAUGCAGCACAGUUAUUUGUUAGGCAGGCUUAUCAAACUAUAAAGCCCUCAGACGAGUUGGACAGUAGCUCUCCCAACUGUGUUAUUUUUGUGAUAGGAAGAUGAAUCAAAAUCGCUUGAAAGAAAAUGAAGGAAAAAAUAUUUUUAGUUAAAAUCUUUAGAAAUUUUAAAAUCCAGUGAACUGGGAAUGGAAGAGCACAGAGGGCAGCUUAGUUGGCUAGAAGGCUAUUUCCAGUAUUAAAAAGUAUAUUCACAUUGAAACUUUAUGGAAAGAUCAGAUAGCAGAAGUCUCAAUAUUUGGUAUUUAGUGAGUUACUUAAUUGCAGGAGCCAAAGUAGUGUGACUUAUGUUUAUACAUAUAUAAUUCUUUUCAACUUGUGGAUGCACUGAGAGUCACAGAAAUUUAGGUGAAUUUGCUUGCCUUUCAUAAAAUCUUUCCCCAGAUGUGAACCACUGUAGACCAACUUACAUUUAAGUGUAAGUUAAGUAUCACUAAUAAAGCCCAGAUUUCUAGCUUUUACAGUUUCCCUGCUCUUACAGAUGUUUGUCAGAGUCUUGCUAUUGACAAUCGUAAAACGGUUUGUGUGUGAAGUCGAUGAGUAAGUAUCUUUGCUUAGUCUGGAUUAAAAAACUUCUGCAAAACUGUACAUUGUAUAAAAAUUUCCAGAAUUGUGUCCUCCUUGUUGUAUUUUUUUUUUUUCAUUGGUUUUAUAUUUUGUCAUCUUGCACAAAGCAUUGUUAAAUUGCAGCAACUCUUUGUUUUCCCUUGGCAAUGACUUCUGGGUCUUGGGAUUUGAAGCUUCUUCAUACACCUGCUAGUUUUGCAUGAGCUUACAUUUGCAAGGAUGCUGGCUUGCCACCCGAGGUCACUACUUUCUCCUUGUCAAAGAUCUGCUGUUCAUAAUUUACUUGCACAUUUGCUGUGGCUGCAAUACUGAACUUGCUAUGGUUGCUGGCAUUCAAAAAUGAGUUAGGAAUCCAGUAAGUUUCUGAAAAGCCAAUUUCUGUUAUGGUUUCAUAGGCAAAUUGUACACACUUGCUUAAAGAGUAGAGGGAAGACUUAUAAUAUGUUCAGAGGUACAACUGUAAAACAUGAAAACAUUUGUCAUUUUAAGUUGUAGCUGUAAUAUGGUGAAAAAUUAAAAUUAGUUUUUAAGGGAGUGAAUUAAAUAGCAGUUGUAACUAUUAGAACCUUCCCUUACAUCCGAUUCUCCAUGCCAUUAUGUAGAAAGUACUUUUUUAAUACAAAAGCUAGUAAAUAUUUCACCUUAAAACUCUGGAAGAUACAGUAAUACUUGUGUUCUCCAAAGAAUAAGUGUCUUUUAAAGUGUUAGAAUGACAGGAAGUCUCUGUACUUGGGUCCUGUACCACAUAGAUUGUGCAAAGCUGUAAAACUUCUAGGGUGGCUUCCACAUAGGAUCUACGUGCUUUAUAGUGAAUAGUGUAUGAUACCUUUGUGCUUAUGUGGCGCUAUUAGCACAUGGAUGUUAAAUCUGUAAGCAGAGCUAAAUAUAAUACUUUUUCAAAGAGCUAAGCUGUAAAUUGUUCAAACUUCUCAGUAACUAGUCUGCUUGCCAAGAUCCAGUUGCUUGGCGUGUAAAAGAAGAAAAUGUGUGUUUUGAGGAAACUGAGGAUUCUGUUUCAGUUGAUCAGAAGUAAACGUGACUACACGUAUUGAGCAUUUGUGACAGGUAAUGUAAUAGCAUACAGAGCAGCACUUCAAGAGCAGCGAUAGUGUGGAUAAGCAUGCACUCCACACUUGUCUCAAACUGCAUGUUUCCUCAGCAUUGCUCACGUCGCACAGCCUGAAGUUCUCAGUGAUUCAGUGCACAGAACUGUUUAGCUAUCAAGUCUCUGUUUCCCAGAGUCUCCAUUUAGAAGGAAGGAAUUUGAUAUAUUUAAAAUCCUUUCUAUACCAUUCCACAUCUCUGACUUGCAAGUAGUUUAAAUAAUGAUGAGGGAAGAAACUUAGUGCCAUGUACAGUUGCAUAUUUAAAUGUAACUAAAUGAAUUAAGGCAAACUAAAUUCAAGAUCAUAAAUAUGAAGAAAGAAGCUGUUCUUCAUUUUCUGUGGUAUAACAAAACACUGAUUCAGCAAAAAAAUGGUAUAGUGGAAAACUUGUGGACAGAAACACUCUGGCCAGUGGUCUGCCUCACUAAAUUCCUAGGAAUUGUGCUCAUUUUUAAACAUCUUACUGUGCUUAAUUGGCUGUUCAUGGGUAUGCCUUGGAAGAAGUUUAUAGGGUGUUUUUUUCUUAAUAGCCACAGGCAGCAUUUUAUCAUGUUGGUUAUUAAGACUAAAAAUAUGACCACUAGUCAUAUUUUCAGAAUGAAGGUAAAACAUAUGAUGAACUUCUUUUAUAUUCCAGAAAAUAUUGUGAAUUUUGCACUGUCUAGGAAAGGUGAUGGCAGUUAUUACAUGCUGUCAAGUUUAGAAAAGGAUCAACUAAUAUUGAUAGGAUUCCAAUUGUUCCUCCCCUACCUUCUUUAUAGUGAUAUUCAGCAGUUGGUGAUAGGAUUACUGAUCUUCCUUACUCAGGGUCAGGAUCUUUAUGCACAGCUGUCUCCCCAUCUUUCUUCCUUCUUACUGUGGAAAUAAGCCUUGCUAGUGUAAAAAGCUUUAUGCUGGUAUAAAACUGUUCACUGGGGUGAACAAAGAUGUUUAUUCAUACAUUAUCAUUUUAAGAAGCCUUUGUGUAGUCAAAGCUUUAUUUCAUUGACUACUUUCCUCCUUCCCACCCCUUAAAUACGCUGUGGUGAAAAUAUGCUGAGUCGAUGCGUUCUUUCUGGCAAUAGGUAAUUCUCUCCUUACCAAGAUUCUACAGCUCUUGGAACAUUGGCUUCUCUCUUGGUAACUGAUUGGUAGUGAGAUCAUUUCAAGGCAGUAUCAGUCCUUGAACAUUAUUAGAAAAAAGGCAGGAUAAAGGAGCAAAGGAGCAAUAAAAAUUUCUGUCAUGCUCUCUGCAUGCUGGCAGAUGAUAGUUCUUAGUGUUAUGUCUGAGUCCUUUUGCAUGCCCUUUUGAAGAGGAAAAAACCAGACAUCUCUCAAUGUCUUAUGUUUUCAUAAUUGAAAAAUAACCAUUUGUUUAUAAGAUGAUCACAUUUAGACAAAGAUUUAUGUUUUUGCAUAGUGUUAGAAUAUUUUUUUAAAAUCUUUUUAAAAAAAUAGUCUUACUAGGUAAAUAUGACAGUUUAGUUUUCAACUUAGUAUCUAAUCUUGCA